GCGGAGACCCAGGGAAAACCGGGUGCACGGCUCUGGGACGCAAACCUCGGGAAAGCCGCUGGGAUUCCCAAGAACUAAAGAUCAGCCGUUGUGUCUGGAAGGCAAGUAGCAAGAAGUGGGCCUGAACCAGCAGCCAGUGGCCACAUAGUUCAUGCAAAGAGGACUGGAUUCGGAGACCAGGAAACAACUAGAAGAGGAAGAAAAGAAAAUCAUUAGUGAAGAGCACUGGUAUUUGGAUUUGCCAGAGCUUAAAGAAAAAGAAUGUUUCAUAAUAGAAGAGCAGAGUUUCUUGUUAUGUGAAGAUCUUCUCUAUGGAAGAAUGUCAUUCAGAGGAUUUAAUCCUGAGGUUGAGAAAUUAAUGCUUCAGAUGAAUGCUAAAAACAAAGUGGAAGAAGUUGAAAGUGAAGCAGUGGAGCUUGAUGUGUCAGAUGAAGAAAUGGCCAGAAGAUAUGAGACCUUGGUGGGGACAAUUGGAAAAAAGUUUGCCAAGAAGAGAGACCGUGCUAAUUAUGAAGAAGAUGAAAAUGGACACAUAAAACCAACAGUUAAAGUAAAGAAGAUGUUUUUAAAGCCCCAGGAUUAAAGUAGAUGCUUUAAGACAGAGCUCAGGGAAGCCUCGUAAGAGUUAACAUAUUGUGGAACUCAUUCUGAUGGCCUCUGUGUAGCUAUUAAUACUAUGAUGUUUAUUUGUAAAGAAAUGGAUAAUUUUGGAAAUGUGCCAUUUUUGAAACAGAUGUGUGGUGGAUGUUAUACAUCCUUUGCUUAAUGGUGUUCAUCAGGAAUGGAUUUUUAGCCCUCGAUCUUCAAAUAUACAGAGGUAUGUGGUUGCUUCCUAAAGACUUUUUUGACCUCAGAUUUUUUUUUUAAUAGGGCUUUCCAGUCACUGACCUUGAAUUGACACACAUAAAUUAAAUCACUGUUAAGUUAUCCUUAUGUUUAUAUUUUACUUUAAGUUAUUAAUCAUGCCAAGCCAAUUUAUACAUACAUUUUGGAAUCAAAUGUCAUGAGGACCUAUUAUAUGUGUAAAUUCAUGAAGAAUAAAUAUGCCUCUCUAGCCAGAAGUACUUGCAUGCUACCAAGUCAUUGUUAGUUUGUGGAAUUACGAGUUUUUGCUUAAAGCUUUUAUUAAUAAAAAUUGUUCUGUAAUAAA